AUGACAAGGCAUAGCAAAAAUAACACCGCCAAUCCUAUAUUCACUUACCACGAAAGGAAGAAGGUAUCAGAUGUGGGAACCCUGAAGGAAAGACUCGGGAAAGACUCCAUGCGAAGAUUCGAGCAGUGCUGGAUAUGCCUGCGGAACGCCGAGACACCCGUGAGUACCCCGUAUGGACACAUAUUCUGCAAAAUGUGCAUCGUCAAUCAUUUUUUGACGCAAAAAAAAACCUACGCAAAGAGGAAGAAAGAAUACGAUGAGUACGUUAAAGAUUUGAAGAGGAGAAAGGAAGAAGAGGCUUCUUAUCAGAUCGAAAGGGAGAAAAAAAAAUUCAUGCAGGAGUUGGAAAAAAUUGAUAAUUCUGAACAUGUGCAGAAGGAAGAACAGAAGAACCUACUAGAUAUAUCAAACAACUUUUGGUUGGCCGGCAAUGCAAAGGUGAAGAAGGACUUGAGUAAAAAAAAGCUCAGUCGUCCUUCGAAGGAUCUGUCGUGUCCAGUUAGUGGGAAGACGCUAAAAAUGGGGGAUCUAAUAGCCAUUAACCCGGAGGUGUCCCAAGAAGGUGACGUUCUCAGCGGGAAGGAGAGCUGGGUUUGCUCCUACUCCAAGAAGAAUAUCGAUCACCAGAGGGCCGUUCUCAUUAAAAAAACGGGACAGAUAAUUAUAAAGUCCAUUUUUGAAAAGUUCAUUUACGGGAAGAAUACCCUGGAAGUUCCCGUCGGGGAUGGGGACUUCAUCGAUUUGCAGCCAGGCGGAACGGCCUUCUGCUCGCACAGUAAUGUUGAGAAGACCAUGUAUCGGGAGUCCCUUCUGUGA